CAGCCACUCACUGGGAAAACAAGUGUCGGUGCCAGAGCUUCUGCGAGUUCCAGGCCGCUUCUGCAGAGACAGGCCCAUGGAUACGGUCCGGGUUGCCGUGGUGGGCGCAGGUGUGAUGGGACUCUCCACGGCUCUCUGCAUUUCCGAACUGGUCCCACGAUGCUCCAUCACGGUCAUUUCAGACAGGUUCUCUCCUGAUACCACAAGUGACGUGGCAGCCGGAAUACUUAUUCCCCACACAUACCCGGACACACCCAUUCACAAGCAGAAGCAGUGGUUUAGAGAGACCUUUGAUCACCUAUUUGCAAUUGCCAAUUCUGCAGAAGCUGGACAGGCUGGUGUUCAUCUGCUAUCUGGCUGGCAGAUAUUCCGGAGCAUUCCUACUAAAGAGGUGCCAUUCUGGGCUGACGUGGUUCUGGGAUUUCGAAAGAUGACUGAGGCUGAGCUGAAGAAGUUUCCGGAAUAUGUGUUUGGUCAGGCGUUUACCACCCUGAAAUGUGAAGGUUCUGCCUACCUCCCAUGGUUGGAGAAAAGGGUGAAAGAAAGCGGGGGCCUGAUACUCACCCAGCGAAUAGAAGACCUGUGGGAGCUCCACCCAUCCUUCGACGUUGUGGUCAACUGUUCAGGCCUUGGAAGCAGACAGCUUGCGGGAGAUUUGAAGGUUUUCCCUGUGAGGGGCCAACUACUCAAAGUGCAGGCUCCCUGGGUGAAGCAUUUUAUCCGAGAUGGGAGUGGGCUGACUUAUAUUUACCCUGGUGCAUCCAACGUAACCUUGGGUGGGAGUAGGCAAAAGGGAGACUGGAAUCUGUCCGCGGAUGCAGAAAUUAGCAGAGAUAUUCUUUCCCGAUGCUGUGCUCUGGAGCCCUCCCUCCGGGGAGCCUGGGACAUACGGGAGAAGGUGGGCUUGAGGCCCUACAGGGCAGGCGUUCGGCUGCAGACAGAGCUUCUAGCCCGGGAUGGCCGGAGGCUGCCUGUGGUCCACCACUAUGGCCAUGGGAGCGGGGGCUUCUCUGUGCACUGGGGCGCUGCUCUGGAGGCUGCCCAGCUGCUGAGUGAGUGUGUUCAAGCCCUCAGGACCCCCCCUCUCAAGUCAAGGCUAUAAGUGACAUGAAAUGAGAGCAAAUAGUCCAGGAGGCUAUUGAUCAAAAUAUAAUUUCAUAUCAAAAUUAGAAAUGAUACAAUGUGUAUGAGUAGAUUUAGGACCAGCCCUAAUCUAAUGUGAUACUAACCUGGUACUAGACUUACAUCUAGUACUAAUCACAUGGGACAUAAAGCUCUAUUUUUGUUAAAAAUGGAGAUUUUGAUUAAAAAAGGUUACUUUUAGAUCUGGUGUCCAAGGACCUAUGCUAAUUUACACGGAUUCUGGAAGCUUUUGGGAUUUUGACAGUUUGGCUCAUAAAUCCACAGGGGGAGAUAAUGUAUGGAAAUCAGGGAACUCACUGUCAGUUACCGAGCUGCCUGUGAUGCUCACAGGCUACAGUCGAAUGAACAUUAUAAUCCCUGUAAAUAAAAUUACAGAGCGAUCAUGCCAUACAAGUUUAUUACAUUUAAUGGAAGACAAAGCACGACUCCUGCCAAAAGAAUUCCCAGUAUUCCUGGUAGAAGACACAGAGGGAGCUACCUGUGGACUUGACCUCAACUCAAUAGCUGUCUGGGGUCAACAGUCCUCUGAGGGUCACACUUGGCAUUGGCUCGGUGUAUGGCUGGCUGUGCCGAAGCAUUUUUGAAGAUUGAAGAGCAUGUGCAGCCAAAGAGCUAAUUUGCUAAUUAAGCUGGAACAAUCAUUCUGAAUGAAAAAUAACCAGAGUUUUCUGCAAGUUGUUAAAAAGUACUGUGGAGGAGGGGGAAUGCAUCUCAUGAUAAAAUGAGUUGGGGGAUUGCUGAGUUAAAUAUAUCUACCCUGUUUCUUGACUUGGGCCUACUUAGAACCUUUUAUCCAAUUCAUGUGUAUUGUGAAUCUUCCAGAGGGUUUUGGCUUGAGUGAAUGGUAAAGGAGGUGCUAUUUAUUGAAAUAAAGAUGGUUUAGAGGAAAAGAGGUAAUUUUAAAUUUAAUUUUAAUUUUUUGGGGGGAUAUGGCAUAUGUUUUAGAGAUGAAUUCUAUUUUAGAUAUUCUGAUGGAGAUGUGGGGUUGACAAUACGGGAAAGAGAAAGCCCCUAGGACAGCUCUAUUUUUACUGUUUUGUUCAUUGAGCUUUUGCAUCUAAUUUUGUUCAGAGAGAAAAUUCUGCUGGGAGAGGGAAAAAAAGGCGGGGGACUGGGUGAGGGGGGGCGAGAAACAUUCGAGUGUGGGUUUUUUUAUAGAUUUCCACCAGGGGGCGGUAUUGUAUCAAAUUCAGAUAAAUUGGUAAAUUUGAAAAUUUAGAAAUGACUAGAAAUAGAAACUGGAUACUAGGUGUGUUGAGUGAAUCUGUGAUUCCUUCGAGUUCAUAUGCCCCAAAUGCCUAUUGUUCUAAAUUCUGGGUAAAGCAGUUGACAAAUAAAUGUACAAGCUUAGUUUGAAAGUGCACACAGACACACUACAUGCACUCUUAUUACCUGAAAUCUGUCAGAAAUAACAUGUUAUGAUAAAACAUUUUAAAUCUGGGAAAUACAUUUUUAAUGGUAAAAAUAAAAAUGAAGAAUGCUGCUCAGAAUAGGUAAUCUUUCAAUCAGUUUCAUGGUGGUUUGAAGUGUUUUGAAUUUGUCGCUUUGGUCCACAAUUUCGUUCUAUGCCGCUGCCUUUUUCGUAUUGUGUAGGCAGGCUCACACUCUGUGGCACUAUCUACAUGCUACUCUCAGAGUUCGGUUUCACCGUGCGUUUCACAUUUCUGAUGCCCACCGUUAUGAGACUGAACGAUCGGAGGCUUCUGGAGAAAGCAGUCGUGGCUGGAGCCCUGUUUAACUUUCACCGAUGGCUCAGUGUUGGCUCCCAGUGUCUCAACGGUUUGGGUCAGUCGCUGCCAAGCCAGGCUGCGCCUCAGAAUCACU